AUGGGUCAGGCAUUAAGCUCCCGUGAGAUAUUUUUAAAGAGUCUUAAAGAAUCCCUCAAGACACGAGGAGUAAGGGUUAAGAAAAAAGAUCUUAGAGAUUUCUUUAUUUUCCUCACUGAGCUCUGUCCCUGGUUUCCCCAAGAGGGGACAAUUGACAUUAAAUGUUGGAGCCGCGUAGGCAGCGCCUUACAAGAUUAUUAUAAGUUGUUUGGUCCGGAAAAAGUUCCGGUCUCCGCCUUUUCGUUUUGGAAUCUUAUCAAUGAUGUCCUAAAAGUCCAUUCCCAUGACCCGGACAUUCAAAAAGUCAUUGAAACGGGAGAGACAGCCCUUAAGGAGGUUUCCCGUCCCCCCUCGCUGUGCCGUUCAGUUUCCAUUGACCUUCCCGAGGAGCCUAAACAGAAAACUUCUCCCUCAGAUGCCAAUCCCUCUAAAACCCCUCCACCCCCCUCUAACAUUUAUCCCGCCCUUACCUCCUUCUCCACAAGACACCGCAAUGACGAGUUACCACCCCCCGAAGAUCAGGCUACCCUAGAGGAAGAAGCCACCAGAUAUCAUAACCCUGACUGGCCCUUUCCCUCACCUCUGCCCCCCCUUUUCAGCCCCCUUCCUAUGUCAAACCCCUUCCCUCCUGUUUUAAACCCCUUCCCUCCAGAGACCCCUUCCUGGCCCCAAUUUUAG